UAAGCUUCUACAGGUGAACAUUAGAGAUGUCUGCGUCCAUGUCGAACAUCGUGGAGGAGGCGACAAAAAAAUUCUAUCGGCGUCGGCUGGUGACCACGAUAAUUGCAUUCGUGAUUGCGUUCGCCAUCGGAUCCGAGAAUGCCGUCAUCUUCCCGACUGCGUGGAAAUACCUGCAGAUGCUUGGCUCCAGAGACGAGACGGAUUUGGGGAUCCUCAUUUCGGCUUUUAAUGUGGCUGCCCUCAUUUCGUCUGUAUUCUUCGGCUGGCUCGUGGACAGGCGGAUGCACCUUUCCAAGCCGGUCGUGUUCAUCGGUGCCCUGACGCAGAUCGCAGGGAGCGUCAUGUACUUCCUCGGCAUCAACAAGUGGCUCAUCAUAUCGGGGAGAUUCAUCUGCGGGUUCGGGAGCGGGACCCUCAUCGUCGUCCUUGCCGAACUGGCCAGAGCAACUUCCAACGAAGAGCGGGCCAAAUUCUUCACCCUUGGCUUUAGCAUGCAGCAAUUGGGAGUUAUACUCGGUCCAGCCUACAACCUGGCCUUGCACGAUGUCGAUACUCAGUUCGGGGACGUUCAGGUGAAUGAAGAGUCCCUACCCGGAUUCAUCUUCGCGAUUUUUUGGUCGCUUGCCUCGGUCGUCAUCCUCGCUGCAUACGAAAACGUCGGGGAGCAAUACAUCGCGUUGCAGAAGUUGAUAGCCGCUGCUAAAGAUUCUGAAAUCGUCCGCUACGGGACAUUUUUGCAUUUGCCCAAUGGCGACGCCAGAGACUUCGCAGAGAACAGCACUCCCAACUCCACGAUGAACAGAAAGGACUCGGAUUCGAAAGCGAAAUUCCUCCACUCCGUGCAUUCUUCCACCCCAAGUCAGAAGAAUGCUUGGAAUGAGAUCCCGCCUCACCAUCGACCGGAAGACUCGGAGGAGAGAAACUCCACCUUCAUGGAUCUCCUCAUCGACACGAUCGUCGUCAUCCUCUUCAUGCAGACGACUGUAUUCUUCUGUCUUUCUCUGGUGGAGACCAUCAUCCCCCCGAUCAUGCAAACAUAUUAUGGCCUCGGAACACGAGCCAAUUCCUUCUUAUUUCUGCUUGUCGGCGGUGAAGCGAUGAUAUCGUAUGCCUUCGUGAUCGUGAUGCGAAAUCGACUUCUCGACCGGACUCUCAUCUUGCUGGGGAAUUUGUUGGUCGUGAUCGCGUUGAUAUCUCUCAUGAUCACGACCCGUUUCCAGGAAUCCCAUCCGGAUCAGGUUUUCCCCUUCUUCAUCGUCUCCUGCUCCUUGGUUUUCCUCGGCGUCCCGAUGUCCUCCGUGUUCUCUCUGACCCUGGGUUCCAAGCUGGUCCGUCCGAACUGCCAGGGGAAGAUGCAGGCCCUUCGCCGGGUCGCCAACUCCGUCGGGCUCAUUCUCGGCCCUCUCUGGGCUGGCGCUUUGAACGAUGCAGACACCUUGACGACACCUUGUGAACAUAUUCCGUACUACACUGCUGAUACAUUCGUUGGGCAGAUGGCAGCACAAGCUCGGGUACGACGCCUCAUCCAUCUCGCAACCGGGAGAGUCGCGUUUCGACCUUUGCCCUGGAAACAGGAGCCCUCCCUCCUCCCUUUCUCUUCCACCAUCCUUGUACUCGCUCCUCGCUUGCCCUCCCUCUCCGCUCGACCUCCUACCUCGCUUGCCCUCCCUCCCCGCUCGACCUCCUACCUCUCUUGCCCGCCCUCCCCGCUCGACCUCCUACCUCUCUUGCCCUCCCUCCCCGCUCGACCUCCUACCUCGCUUGCCCUCCCUCCUCGAUGGACUUCCUUCCUCGUUCUCAACUGA